AUGGCUGCCGGAGAUAACAGAACAACGGUGCCGGAAAAUCUAAAGAAACAGCUCGCAGUUUCAGUUCGAAACAUUCAAUGGAGUUACGGAAUUUUUUGGUCUGUCUCUACUUCUCAACCAGGAGUGUUGGAGUGGGGAGAUGGAUACUACAAUGGAGACAUUAAGACAAGGAAGACGAUUCAAGCAGCGGAAGUCAAAGCCGACAAGUUAGGUCUUGAGAGAAGUGAACAGCUUAGAGAGCUUUAUGAAUCUCUCUCCGUCGCUGAAUCCACAACUUCCGGUGGCUCUCAGGUCACUAGACGAGCUUCCGCCGCCGCGCUCUCCCCGGAAGAUCUCACCGACACCGAGUGGUAUUACUUAGUCUGCAUGUCAUUUGUCUUCGACAUUGGUGAAGGAAUACCCGGAGGAGCGUUUGCGAACGGUGAACCAGUAUGGCUUUGUAACGCUCACACCGCCGAUAGCAAAGUCUUCACUCGCUCCCUUCUCGCUAAAAGUGCUUCGCUUCAAACCGUUGUUUGCUUCCCUUUUCUUGGAGGCGUUCUUGAGAUCGGCACGACCGAACAUAUUACUGAGGACUUGAACGUGAUACAAUGUGUGAAGACUUUGUUUCUUGAAGCUCCUCCUUAUGCUACAAUAUCAACAAGAUCAGAUUAUCAAGAAAUUUACGAUCCAUUAGGCGACGAUAAAUACAUUCCAGUGUUUGGAAAUGAACCUUUUCAGACAACUUCUACGAGCGGGUUUGAGCAAGAACAAGACGAUCAUGAUUCGUUCAUCAACGGUGGUGGUGCGUCUCAGGUGCAAAGCUGGCAGUUUGUGGGUGAAGAGCUCAGUAACUGCGUUCAGCAACCGCUUAAUUCUAGCGAUUGCGUUUCCCAGACGUUUGUUGGAGCAACAGGGAGAGUUUCUUGCGAUCCAAGAAAAGGUAGGGUUCAAAAGUUAGGUCAGAUUCAAGAACAGAGUUACCGUGUGAAUAUGGACGACGAUGUUCAUUACCAAGGCGUGAUCUCGACGAUUUUCAAAACUACGCAUCAGCUGAUUCUUGGACCGCAGUUUCAGAACUUCGAUAAACGGUCAAGCUUCACGCGGUGGAAGCGAUCAUCAUCAACAUGUGCAAGAACAAUGGGAGAGCAAUCGCAGAAGAUGUUAAAGAAGAUUAUUCUCGAGGUUCCGCGGAUGCACCAUAAGGAGUUGUUGUUGUUACCGAACACACCCGAAGAUAGCGAGUUUAAGGUCGGAGAUGAAACCGCAAACCAUGCCUUGUCCGAGAAGAAACGCCGUGAGAAGUUGAAUGAUCGGUUCAUGACGUUGAGAUCAAUCAUUCCUUCGAUUAGUAAGAUAGAUAAAGUGUCGAUUCUUGAUGAUACGAUUGAGUAUCUUCAAGAACUGCAAAAAAGAGUUCAAGAACUUGAAUCUUGCAGAGAAUCUACCGAUACAGAGACGGGAAUGACUUUGAAGAGGAAGAAACCGGAGGAUGAUCAUGAAGACGAAAGAGCCUCAGCGAAUUGUAUGAACAGCAAGAGGAAAGAGAGUGAUGUGAAUGCAGGAGAAGAUGAUACCGGUUAUGUUGGUCUAACCGAUAAUUUAAGGAUCGGCUCGUUUGGUAAUGAGGUGGUUAUUGAGCUUAGAUGUGCUUGGAGAGAAGGGAUACUGCUUGAGAUAAUGGAUGUGAUUAGUGAUCUUAACUUGGAUUCUCACUCAGUACAGUCGUCAACCGGAGACGGUUUACUCUGCUUAACCGUCAAUUGCAAGCAUAAAGGGACAAAGAUAGCUACAACAGGAAUGAUACAAGAGGCACUUCAAAGGGUUGCAUGGAUAUGUUGA